GUUGCAGAGUAAUAAACCACAUGUAAAAUAACCGGGUAUUAGGAGUAUUUAUAUGGUUUUAUAGACUGUAUGUAUAACUGGCACUCACUUUGCUAUUAAUAUUUUAAAAAUAAAGCGCAAUAUAAGGAUAUAUUAUUUCAUAAUGUGAGUAAUACAAAAUAUAUGUUAAAAUAUUCUGAAUGGGUAUAUCUAGUUUGUAGUGUCAAAGAUUGCCGCUGAAAAGUAAAGCAGUUAACCAUGCUAAGUCAUUCUGUGUUUGAUGAAUUGUAUUUAUUGUUAUGUUGUCUUCCUUCCUUCUUAGAGUUGCUGGGUUGAUGAUGACGUGUUAGCACACAUAACAUGCAAAUUGAACUCCGCGCAAGAAGUAGCCAAAGCAAGUAUUGUCGAAUUGUGUAUAAGGUUCAAACAGCAGAAUGAAGAUGGCCGACCAUCCCCCAGUGCAACCCAGAUGUACAGGAAGCAGCAAUGUGAAGCAAAACUAGAGACCCCGCUGUGUUUAGAUGAUGACUGGUUUUCUAAAUGCCCGUCUGGCUGCAGACUCCAAGGUUUGAUCUCACAGAUGGAAAACAAAGUGGAAAGAAAACUGCGGGAGGUGUGUAAAACAGCAGAGAUGUAUGAAGAUGCAACAGAGAAGUCCAUGACUACAAUGACUCACAUAUACAACUUUAACCGGCGAGUCAUCAUCAACAGAUACAUGUUUAAGCUGAAAUUCGUGGAACAAGCAGAAGAAUUGGGCAGAAAUUUGACAACGCUACAGAAACGAUCAACCAGUCUGUCCCAACAGAUAAAAAAACUGAUUAGCAAACUGCAGAAACAGACAGAGGAGCUAUAUCGAACAGAGGUGGACAUUGACAUGAAGCUACGAGCCUGUCGCGGGUCUUGCCAGUCUGUGCUGCCAUUUGAAAUUGAUCAUCCCGACUAUCACAUCCUUCGAACUCACAUGGAAGACAUGGACAAGACUCUAAACAGAAGAGCCAAAGCACCUUUACCUCCUGCAGGCAUCCCACAUAUUAAGCUCCAGCCUAUAGACAUAGUCCCAGAACCAGCUGAAGGAUACAAGACGAUCCCGACAGUCCAGAAAGAACUACUGACCCAAUUUGAGGACAUUGAACAGAAUCAGAUCAUUUUGGAGGAGCUACUGGAGGAGUUAGAGGAUGUAAAUGAUCACAAUCAUGUAGAAAGGUUUAAUUAAAUAUGGGGCUGACAGAAAACAAGGAAGCACAUUGUAAUCUUGUUACUUAAAUAACCAUUAUUUUGUUUCAUCUGCAAAGUUUAGCUACCGUUUCAGUUUAUAUUUGGAUCAGCAAUGUGAGUAGUUUGUGGGCUAGUCUUUUCCAUAUUUUUCGGUGGUAUGUCAUUUGAAUAGAUGAGAUAACAUGAAGAAUAACUCUGAUUUAUGACAUGCUGUUUUACAGUUCAAUCCAGGGGCAUUUUUGAUUAAAAACAAUGGGGGAAAAAAGCCUUUUGGUGAAUUUAAAUAUAGUUAAACUACUAACAUUAAUGAUGCAGUCUGUGUUCUGCUGGGAAACUUUGAGUCAAGGUAUUAGUGGAUGUUACUGUGACAUCUCCCUAAACACACCCACAGUACACUCCCACUUUUGGCAGUGGAACUGCCUUACAGCAUCUGCUUUGUCAGGCAAGAGAAUAGACCCCACAAGCAAAAGCUAGCUUGUGUUAUUACAUUGAAGAGGUGGACUGUGCCUUUUUCAAAGGAUGAUGGGAGUAGACAGUAUUACUAAUUCUGUGCCUUAUCAAUGCACCUGAGAAAUUCUCCUGUUACCUCCAUUCAUUAUCCAGACAAUGCACUCCUGUUUGGUCAUCUGUUAUUUACCUCACAAACUCCAUGAUUAGGCAAUGAAACUAUUACUUUACCCUCGCUGUGCAGUCAUUGCUUUAUGCAACUUACUAAAUUUUAUUUGUGUAAGUGAAAAUGCUGUCUGAAUGGUUACAAGUUGCUAUCCAUUGUAUCCUUAUUCUGUUUUAUUAAAUCGUUUCUGAUAACCAA